AUGUUCCGUACAAAAUGUGUUUUAACUAAACUAAGAAAAACACUUACCAAAGAUCUGACUUACUCGCAGAAAGAAUUCAUAGACGAGCUUUUAGGUAUUAAAAGUCGCUUGAAAUAUCAACAAGUUAUUGACAACGUUAAAUUAUUAGGUGAGCCUGAUGUUCAUAAAUUAACUCAAGAGCAAUAUCUUGCUUUUCAACGACGACAUAUAUUUCUAGAUAGGAAAGUAGUUGUGCAACAUUAUGAUCGAGCUGUAGUAAACCGCCAAGUUUUACACAGUAAUCGUUACGAAAAAUGUCAGAAGAGGAAUAAUCGUUGCGUUAGACUGAUAAAUAAUGAAGUAUUCCAAAUUGAAUCGUUUAUAGUAUUUGAAUUAAAUGAUGAAACACAUUGCUAUGCAAUUGGUUGGUAUUUCCAAAAGUGUCAGCAACCAAUAAUUGCUGGAAGAAGACUAAAACAUAUGCUUAUGGUAGAAAGAGGAAUUAAUUGUUUGGGAGUAGCUUAUCCAAGUGAAAUUAUUGAACGAGUUACAAUACUUCCAAUUGAAAAUUCAUCAAACUAUGUGGCGUGCAUACAUCCUAAUCGAUUUGAUAUGUUUCAAAAUAAAAAAAUUCGUUACCAAUUUAAUUCACGACAUUUUCGUAGACAUCUUUUCGAUCAUUAA